AGCUGGACAGAGAAAUGUUGAUGAACUUAUUCUCAUUUAUGCUAAAGUUCACCUAAGUUCAUGGGUGCUUGGGCAACAUUCUCAGAUGCAUUGUUAUGGCAAUUGCAGUUAUUCAAUAGAGCAGCUUACUAUAUAUUACCAACCUGCAAUAGCUUACGUGAAUAUUAGAAGGAAGAUAUUAGAGAAAAUAUCAUCGCAGGGGCAUUCUUCACCUGUAUUCAGUUUUGCUGAUAACACUCCCGUGUCAGAUCAACAGAGAAAAAAUUCAUCUCCAUCAGAUAUCUGUCAAGCAGAUUGUUCAUGUGAGUUGGCAGCACAAGCAUCAAAAAAGCUUAUAAUAAGUCCACCUGAUAAUUCAACCAAGAUGACAAGUCCUACUCUCUCUAAUGAUGGCUCAAAGGGGAAAGGUGUACAAAUUGAAAGGAAUACAGAACUAGAGGGGCCAUUUGAUGAGGAAAUAGCAUCUUUUUUCUCAAAUUAUGAAGCUGCUGACAAUAUGACCAUUUCAUUCACGCACACUUCAUCUCAAAAACUGAACGAUCAGCAAGACUUUCCUUUUGGACCAGUCAGAAGUCUCCACCCAAGUAAUAACAAGCUAUCAUGUUGCGAUUUCUCAACCCAAGGGAAAUUCUUAGCUGCUGCUGGGCAUGAGAAAAAGAUAUUCAUUUGGAACUUAAAGCAAUCAACCAGAUAUUCCUUCCAAGGGCAUACUCAACUCAUUACAGAUAUUCGAUUUAAGCCAAAUUCCAAUAUGUUCGCAACAUCCUCCUUCGAUAGAAUUGUGAAGAUAUGGGAUGCAGCUAAUACUAAAAAGAUACUUUACAACCUUGUUGGACAUGCGGAUCAAGUGAUGUCGGUGGAUUUCCACCCGAGAAAGACCAAUCUAGUGUGCUCCUGUGAUCGCAGUGAUGAGAUCAGAUUUUGGAAUGCCAAAGAAUCUGCUUGCUCUCGCUAUUUUAAGGGAGCUAAUAGACAGGUGAGGUUCCAGCCUCGACAAGGGAGCCUCUUGGCAGCUGCUACUGGUAAUGUUAUCAAUCUGAUCGACGUCGAAACAGGCAUGACCCACUACCGCUUUGAGGGACAUGAAAAAGACGUGUGUACAGUAUGCUGGGAUAUAUGUGGAGAAUAUCUGGUAUCGACGAGUGAGGACAGCACGCGCAUAUGGUCAAUUGUAUCAGGUGGAAAGUGCAUACACGAGUUGGCCUCUUGUGGCAGGGACUUCUCGUCGUGCACCUUCCACCCUGCUUACUCUCAAGUCGUGGCUGUGGGUUCCUACCAGUCUAUUUAUAUAUGGAACCCGACCAUGGGAAACAGGACGUGGAAGUUCCAUGGCCAUCAUGGUAUAGUGUCUGCCAUGGCCAAUUCACCUGAGACCAACAUGAUCGCCUCCGCCAGCCAUGACCAAUGGGUCAAGCUGUGGAAGUAGCUUAGCAUUUCCCCUAUGUGCCAACUCAACUGCUCCCAUACCAAUACAUAUACAAAACAUCUAUAUCAACUUAGUUAGCAAUAGUGUGGCACAUGUAAUCUAAUAUACUAUAUAGAUAGAUUGUUGGAACUUGCCAACAUUAUAUAAUCUGUUGUUUACAUCUUAUAAAAUGGAUUUUUGUUUUCUCUAAUGUUGAAAUUAUGAAUACAGUGUUCAGUUUCAAAUUAUUCCAUCUAUUA